AUGAAUCCUUCGCUCCUCCUCACUGCCCUUUGCUUGGGCAUAGCCUCGGCUACUCCAAAACUCGAUCCAAGAUUGGAUGAACAGUGGUACCAGUGGAAGGCAACACACAGGAGACUAUAUGGCGUGAAUGAAGAAGGAUGGAGGAGAGCGGUGUGGGAGAAGAACAUGAAAAUGAUCGAACUGCACAACCGGGAAUACAGCCUAAGGAAGCACGGCUUCACCAUGGCCAUGAAUGCCUUUGGCGACAUGACCAAUGAAGAAUUCAGGCAGGUGAUGAAUGGCUAUCAAAACCAGAAGCAACGGAAUGGGAAGGUGUUCCGAGAACCACUCUUUGCUCAUAUCCCCUCCUCUGUGGAUUGGAGAGAGAAAGGCUAUGUAACUCCUGUGAAGAACCAGGGUCAGUGUGGUUCUUGUUGGGCUUUUAGUGCAGUUGGUUGCCUUGAAGGACAGAUGUUCCGGAAAACUGGCAAACUUGUCUCGCUGAGUGAGCAGAACCUGGUGGACUGCUCCCGUGCUCAGGGCAAUGAGGGCUGCAACGGUGGCCUCAUGGAUAAUGCCUUCCAGUACGUUAAGGACAACAAAGGCCUGGACACAGAGGAAUCCUAUCCAUAUAUCGCAAGGGAAUCAGAUACCUGCAAAUAUAGACCUGAGUUUUCUGCUGCCAACGACACUGGCUUUGUGGAUAUCCCUCAGCGUGAGAAGGCCCUUCUGAAGGCAGUGGCCACUGUGGGGCCCAUCUCUGUCGCUAUCGAUGCAGGCCAUUCAUCGUUCCAGUUCUAUAAUGAAGGCAUCUAUUAUGAACCAAACUGCAGCAGCAAAGACCUGGACCAUGGUGUCCUGGUGGUUGGCUAUGGCUCUGAAGGAGGAGAAUCAAAUAACAAUAAAUAUUGGAUUGUCAAGAACAGCUGGGGUUCAGGAUGGGGCAUGAAAGGCUACGUGAAAAUGGCCAGAGACCAGAGCAACCACUGUGGAAUCGCCACGGCAGCCAGCUAUCCUACUGUGUGA